AUGGGGCUCCAAACAGAGAAGGACAAGGAGAAAGAAGAUCAAAAGAGAAAUUUUAAAAUAUGUAGCAAAAAAUUCGAAACGGAUGAGUUGGAGGUUUUGAAGAAGAUUUUCAAGGAGCUAGGAAGCAGAUCGGCAUCGAACCAAAUAGACAAGGAGACCUUCCUCCAGUUUUUUCCCCUACCAGGAUUAUGGGGCGAACGACUGUUUCUAAAAUUUAACUUCAAAAAUACAGGAUACAUAGACUUCGAGGAGUUUAUAAUAGGUAUUGCAAUCUGCUGCAGAGGAACGAAAAGCGACAAGAUAAGUGUUCUUUUUGAUAUUUUCGACUUAAACUCCGAUGGGUACAUACAGAAGUCUGAGAUGGUGGCAAUGUUGUCCAACAUUCCAUACAUUGAUAAAUUGAAAAGUAUUUUCUUUAAUAAAAAAAAUAGAAAAAAAAAGAACUCUUACGAUGGUGAGAAUAACUCGAAUGAAAAUUCGCAUGACAAAACAGAAGGGGAAGGUUAUGAGAAUAAGGACCAAGUAGAGAAUGAAGAUUGUAAUGAGGGGCACAAUGGAGAGUACCCUGAGGGUUACCACUAUGGGGAGAUUUAUGGGUAUAGCAAUGUUGACCAGGACGGAGAUGAAGAAGAUAGCAACUACAGCAACAGCUACAAGGACGACGCGUAUAGUGAGAAUGAUGACGCAGAUGAUGACCUUGACGACGGGGAGGAGGACAACGAAGAGGAUUUAAAUGAUAAUGAUGAAGCUUCCUGCCAUGAGGGACACGUAAGUGCAACUGUAGUGGGUGGUAUCGAUGCAAGUGGCAGUGUGUUAGGUACCAACGAUGCAGCUGCGAAUAGUGUGACGAACUGCAGCAAAUGCCUCAAGCAACAGAGACGGAUGCGGAACCGCAAGAAGCUGCUGAACAUGAGGGAGUUGGCUAAGAAAAUCCGGAAGGAGAAGAAGCACCAGCUGGAGAGGUGCAUGAAGGGCAUCAGAGACGGAAGGUACGAAGAGAGCAACUCGUUCAGUGGGGUAGAAAGAAAGUGUAUGAAAGAAAAGGAGAAGAACAAGUCGCCAAAGAAGGAUUCCAUUUUCAAGAGCGAAAGCGACGACAACAUAAACACAUCAUCCAGCAGCACGUCCAAUGGGUUCACCAAUGAAGAAAUGGAUCACUCAAAUGUUAGUAAAAAAAAAAGUCUUAGAAGCAGAAUAAAAAGGAAAGGUUCUAGAUAUUUGGCUAAUUUCAAAAGUGGGAAUAAUCAUGACGAGUUCAUGUCUUCAACGAGUGAUAGCUGCACGAGUAACGAUACGAAUUCAUUUCCGAGCAGCGAAGAGGUGGACAGCUUUAACUCCAACAAGGAGCAGCGCAAUGGAGGUGACAGCAAUACCUCCAGUAGCACGGAAGAUUCCUUCAUCAGCAUCUACGGUUACCUCAUAAAGAAUAAGCAGCCCAGGAGGAAGAAGAAGGGCUUACCAGACAAGGGUGUAGACCAGGCAGGUGACAAGUUACUAGCAGACCGAACAGUGGAGCAGGGGGAUGAUCGGGAAAAAGACAAUGGUCAAGAAAAGAACACCCUAGAAGGAAGGAAUGAGUUGGUGCAGGAGCAAAUCGCCUGCACGCAAGGUGGCGAUGCAGAAGCCGACGGAGCGGAGAAUGCGAAUGAAGAUGCCCAAUCGGAAGAACAAACGAAAGCACUGAACGAAGAAACAGAAUCCGCAGGGGGGGUGGUAAAAAAAGGAAAAAAACGAACGUGUUUAAAUAAUCGAAGUGAUAUGAACAUUUACAAAAAGGAAAAAAAAAAAGAAACGAAAAGGAAAUUAUUUCUCCACGAAUAUUGUCUUCCAUCCAAAACGGCAAGGAAUAUCCUCCACGAUGAAGAGAGCUAUGACAUGCAGGAAAAAAAUGUAGACGUCGAGGAGAUAGUCGAUCGGAUGCUGGAAGAGUGUGAAUUCUGGGAUAAUGAUAAAAUAACACCCAUACAGUUUAAGAGUGUGAUAUAUAAGUAUGACUUCUUUUUGUAUGUAUUUUUCAGCUGUCUGCAUGAAGACAUUUGGGGACUUCAAGGAAAUGUCCUCUACGGGAGGGACUACAUUAGCAACUUUGUCAUAAAAUCAGAAAACUUUAAAAGCAAGCAAAUCGAUGAAAAUGAGGAAGUAAUUACAGAGGAGGUGUAUUUUAAGAUCAGACAGCUCUUCAUCAUCCAGGCGCCCGACUACAACUGCUUGAAUGAUAAUUUGUGCGUGAACUUUCUCAAGGGAGAACAGGGAAGCGGCCACCAAGGGGGAAGUGACCACCAAGGGGUAAGCGACCACGAAGGGGGAGCCAGUGCAGAUGGCGAUAAGGACAAAAGUGAUCUCGGGGCGAGCAAGAACAAAGCCAAGGUCGAUAAUGGAAGCAAGUUGGUUAAUUUUGCUCUACCCACCGGGGAAGAAACAACGGGGGUUGUAGCGGGGGUGGUAGAUGGGACCGGGAUUAGGGUGGACCAGGAGGAACACGCCAGUGUGCAAGGGGGCGAUGUCGGGAACGCUGAACUGUGUGCAGUCGUGACGGGAAGGUCCCCUGUGGAGGGGCACGAAAAGAGGGAAGCCAUUAUCCCCUCAAGCGAGAACGUGGUGAAUACGACGAGCGUUAUGGACGGGGUGGACGCCGCUUUGGAACCCCCCCCUUCGAAGCAGUCAGAAAGCCCCCAACAGAAGAAGGAAGAAACGAACGUUGACCAACCAUGUGAAGAGGAGGUAAGCGCCGCAAAAGUGAGCGAAGCGAGUGGCAACUCACACGUCGUUCAGAAGAUUGACGAAUCGGAGGAGAAGAAGAGGCUUGAUGGGAAGAAGAAAAUUGCCGAGUGUUUCAACGCUGUGCUGAGGCAGAAGGGCGUGCACGAGGUGGACCCUGGGAAGGGAGGCAAUAAGGAUGGAGAAAAGGAUAGCGAUGAAAAAAUGAUCGUGGGCCGGGAAGAUAUGAAGAAUAAGGCAGGCUACGAAUGCGACUUCAACCUGCUGACCAACUCCCUGAACGAUAUUUUUUCCAAAGAAAUUGUCGAAUUUAUCAAGGCGUCCCGAACUAGCUUCAACAUUAACGAGGUGUGGAAGGAGCGAAAUGCCCACUGCAAGGACAAGUACAAGAAGGCCAAGAGGAACAUCGACAAGACAAGAAAUUAUUCGAACAGUGCACACUGCAUGAAGAAGAGAAAGAAGCCCCUCGUGAAUACCGGGUUAUGCGUCGAGGGGGUGAAUGCGGUGGAAGGUCCACCACCAGUUAACGAGGCGAUCGAAAUAAACCCCUCCAGCGUGGAGAUUCAGAAUUUGGAAAAGGUGGACCUUCAAGGAACGUUAGGGGUGUUGGGGAGGCAGGCAGAGGCAACGGUGAAGGAGGAAGCCGUGGAGAUGCCAGCCGACGUUCCGGGUGAAGUACCUGCCGCCGCUGCAACGGAGGGUCACUGCCACAACCACCACGCCCACGAGGGGAAGAAGAAGAAGAAGCACGUGAAGGACGUCAACCUGUACUCGUGCCCGAACUGCAAGGGACCCUUCCUGAUGUGCCCCAACUGCCACGGACGGUACCCCAGGUUCUGCGUGAACGAGGAUAAAAUCGCCAUGGAGUGCGAAUAUUGCGAAUGCGAACACUGCUACUUUUAUAAGUGUAUUUACUGCAACUUUGACUUCCAGAAAUGUCUAGACAUGAUUAAGAAGAAUUCUCUGAAGGAAGGAAUCCUUUACAAGAUAGGGAAGCACCUGCACCAGUUCAAGGCAAGGUACUACAUCUUGUUUGAUAACCUGCUAUAUUAUUACGAUAAGCAAAAAAAUCUGAAACCCCGAGGAUUCAUGUUCCUGGAAGGAUGUUACGUAGAAGUUAUCUCAAAAAAUGACCAUAUUAAUAAGUUUGGCUUCUCCAUAUGUCAUAAAGGAACAAAUCACGUGCAGAGGAGGAACCUUUAUGUGAAUACCUAUGAGGAGAGAGAGGAGUGGUUACAGGCUUUGUAUUCCACGACGAAGCAGAACACCUUAUACAAUCUGUAUGAAUUGCAUGAGCAGUUAGGACAGGGAAAGUUUUCCACCGUGUAUAGAGGUAUCAACAAGCAGACCAAUUCUGAGUUCGCCAUAAAAGUGAUUGAUAAGAGAUCCGUUUCGAUUUACGAGAAGGAGUUGCUUCGUAGUGAGAUCUCCAUUUUAAGACUCCUCCGACAUCCUAACGUCAUUUAUUUGAAGGAAAUUAUUAACACGAAAGAGACGUUAUAUAUCUCCAUGGAGUUAGUAAAAGGAGGAGAGUUGUACGACUUUUUACUAACCGAAACGAGACUCAGCGAAAUUCACGCUAAUAAAAUCAUCACGCAGUUAAUCAAGACAGUAGCAUAUCUACACAGAUGUGGAAUUAUCCAUAGGGAUAUAAAACCAGAGAAUAUCCUACUUACAGAUAAAUCGAGGGAUGCACAGAUCAAGUUAACGGACUUUGGCUUAUCCACCUUGUGUGCUCCAAACGAAUUGUUAAAGGAACCAUGUGGCACACUUGCCUAUGUAGCUCCGGAAGUCAUCACUCUACAGGGGUACAACCAUAAGGUAGAUGCAUGGUCCAUUGGAAUUAUACUGUACCUCCUCCUUAGUGGGAAACUUCCCUUCCCAAUUAGCAAAAACACAGAAAUGAACGUACAAAAAAAUUAUGUCCUCACUUUUAAGGACCACGUAUGGAAGAGCAUCUCCUCGUCAGCUAAAGACCUCAUUUCAAAGCUCCUCGAACUUAACGUCGAAAAGAGAAUAUCAGCAAAUGAGGCUUUGGAACACAUUUGGAUAAAAAACCCCACUGCAGUCAUUAAUGAGAAUUCCUUUAUCUACAAAAAUGAGGAAAUAAACAUUUUAAAUUUACAGGACGUUAGUGUUAGCACCUUUAACAUUCCCAGGUACGCCCCGUUCCACUUGGAAGAGGAAAAGACGGAAGAAGUAGAGAACAAAAAUGUCUUUAGUUUCCACGAGGAAGAUAUUAUGUAUGAGAAGAAUGACUCGGCUGAUGAGCCGGUUAUCCCUCUGCCUUAUAGCGGGGCCCCUUUGAAGGAUAGUGCCACAGACAAGAAUACAAUCACCCCCUCCAAGGAGAUUUCUUUCACCAAAGAGGAAGCACCCACGAAGGAGGAAAACCCUAUCAGUGGAGAUGCAAAAGGGGAAGAACUCCUUGCGGAAGCACAAAACGGUGACCAACCGGAGGAACAAGCCCCCUGUGAGGGUCAGCAAACUGCGGAAAAAACUCCCAUUGAAUAUGCUACUGAGGAGGGGGGGGGCGGCCACCCGGUCCGUUCAUUUACGUCCCCCCCUGGGUGA